AUGUGUCACUUUACCCAGAGAAGUUCAACUUUGUCAUUUGCAAAAAUAUGUAGUAUAUUUUGGCGGUUUCAUCAUACAAGUACAUCCCACUUGUGCAGCUGCAGUAAGACAGUUAGUGAUGAAAAAUACCAAGACCCUUUUCAACUUGGUAGAAAAGACUUGAAGAAUCUCUAUGAAGAUAUUAAAAAGGAAUUGCUUGUAUCUACAGCGGAACUUAAGGAAAUGUGUGAUUAUUACUUUGAUGGGAAAGGAAAGGCCUUUCGACCAAUGAUUGUGGUGCUAAUGGCAAGGGCUUGUAACAUUCACCAUAAUAAUUCCAGGGAGGUGCAAGCAAGCCAGCGCUCUGUGGCCAUAAUUGCUGAGAUGAUCCACACAGCAAGCCUAGUUCAUGAUGAUGUUAUUGAUGAUGCAAAUUCUCGCAGAGGAAAAAUGACAGUCAAUCAAAUCUGGGGAGAAAGGAAGGCUGUUCUAGCUGGUGACUUCAUCCUCUCAGCUGCUUCCGUAGCUUUAGCACGAAUUGGAAACACUACUAUCAUAUCUGUUCUAACUCAGGUGAUUGAAGAUCUGGUGCGUGGUGAAUUCCUCCAGUUGGGUUCCAAGGAAAAUGAGAAUGAGAGAUUUGCUCACUACCUCGAGAAGACUUUUAAGAAGACUGCGAGUCUUAUAGCAAACAGUUGUAAAGCAGUUUCAAUUCUAGGUUGCCCUGAUCCCAAAGUUCAUGAGAUUGCAUACCAGUAUGGAAAAAAUGUUGGCAUAGCUUUUCAGCUAAUAGAUGACGUGCUGGAUUUCACAUCCUGUGCCAACCAUCUGGGGAAACCAACAGCAGCAGAUCUCAAGCUUGGAUUAGCCACAGGCCCUGUCUUGUUUGCUUGUCGACAGUUUCCAGAAAUGAAUGCUAUGAUAAUGAGACGAUUCAGUAAGCCUGGAGAUGUUGAACGUGCUCGGAAAUACGUGCUGCAGAGUGAUGGUGUGCAGCAGACAACCUACCUCGCCCAGCGCUACUGCCAUGAAGCUACAAGAGAGAUCAGUAAGCUACGGCCAUCCCCUGAAAGAGAAGCCCUCAUUCAGCUGACAGAAAUGGUACUCGUGAGAGACAAGUGAGAGAACUCCUUCCACUCAUUCUGGCAGCUACUUACCAGACUGUGCCUAAAUUUACUUCAAAAGUUAUUUGCUUCCACCACAGGCUACCAAAAAAUAUUUUUUUAAAAAACUUUUUUUUUUUGAAAUUCUACUUUUUUUUAAAAAACAAGUUUAAAGUAUUUUAUUGUGGGAAGCCAUACAAUUCAGAGCAAAUCAAAUUGUGUUGUACCAUUGUUUUAGUGGGGGCUAUUAAUUGUGGGGGGUGGGGAAAAUGUUUACAUAUUGAUGCACAAAGGCUACAAUGAGAAUAAAUAUAAAUCAGUGUAUGAGAACUGAAGUUGCUCCAAACUUCACUUGUUCACACCAAGAAACAGAGAGCCCUUGCAUGUUA